CUGCGGAAUGCACCAACGAUGACAGCUGGAGAAUGGAGUGGAGGCCUUGGAGCGGCGCCAGAGGCGAUGGAUGGGUUGGCGAGCGAGCUCAGGCUUCUGGGGACACACCCCGAAGCCCAGGAGAGAAGCGGGUUUUUUCCAGGUGUGAAAAGCAUGUCAAUGUUUUAUCAGACUCUCUAGAAGAAUUACCUGAAACAGAUGAGCCUGUUUGGAUCUUGGGGAAACAGUAUGAUCUUCAAGCAGAAAAAUCCAAACUGUUGUCUGAUAUCAGUGCUCGCCUCUGGUUUACAUACCGAAGGAAGUUUUCACCAAUAGGAGGAACAGGUCCAUCAUCAGAUGCCGGUUGGGGAUGCAUGCUACGUUGUGGACAAAUGAUGCUGGCCCAGGCCCUCAUCUGCAAGCACCUGGGAAGGGAUUGGGGUUGGGAGAAGCACCAAGAGCAACCUGAAGAAUAUCAAAGAAUCUUAAAGUGCUUCUUAGACAGAAAAGACUGCUGUUAUUCUAUCCAUCAAAUGGCACAAAUGGGCGUAGGAGAAGGGAAAUCAAUUGGUGAAUGGUUUGGACCAAAUACAGUUGCACAGGUGUUAAAAAAACUUGCUUUAUUUGACGAAUGGAAUUCCUUGGCUGUUUAUGUUUCGAUGGAUAACACAGUGGUCAUCGAAGAUAUCAAAAAAAUGUGCCACAUGUGCCCUUCUGACCUGACCCACGACAGUUCUGCCAGUUCCUGUAAUGGCCUUGACUGGAAUACAGAUUGUCCUGGGCCAACCUCUGGCUGGAAGCCCCUUCUGCUUAUUGUGCCCCUUCGUUUGGGCAUAAACCAAAUUAAUCCUGUCUAUUCUGAUGCAUUUAAAGAGUGUUUUAAGAUGCCACAGUCUUUAGGUGCAUUAGGAGGAAAGCCAAAUAGCGCCUAUUAUUUCAUUGGAUUUUUGGGAGACGAGCUCAUUUACCUGGAUCCUCACACCACUCAGACAUUUGUUGAUACUGAAGAGAAUGGAACAGUGAAUGACCAGAGUUUCCACUGCCAGCAAUCCCCCCCUCGGAUGAAGAUCUUGAACUUGGAUCCUUCCGUGGCAUUGGGAUUUUUUUGCAAAGAAGAAGAAGAUUUUGAUAAUUGGUGUGGGCUCGUUCAAAAGGAGAUAUUAAAGCCACAGAGUUUACAGAUGUUUGAGCUUGUUGAGAAGCAUCCAGCCCACUGGCCUCCUUUUAUACCUCCAACCAAACCGGAAGUAACAACUACAGGUGCAGAAUUCAUUGAAUCCACCAAUAACCUGUUUGAACUGGAAGAAGACUUUGAGAUUUUGAGUAUAUGAAGUAGUGCCAUCCAGCCUGUAUCCACCACCUGGCACCACAUUGCAGAGAACUUUUCUAGCCAGAGUGCCUGAAUCACCAACAAGCACAGAACAUAAUAUCAAUCCAAACUGAACCAGUAACCAUUUUUUCAUAAGCUCUAUUCCUGAGAGAGAGAAACAGAGAAACAGAGAGAAGGAGAAUCCUCUUGCGAGAUGGUAGUCAACAGGACUAUUGUGCUUCUUGGGUCUUAUUUUAGAGACAGUGAAUCUACAGUAAUGGUUUGAAUAUACAGAGGGCAACUUUAGUUAUGUUUCAAAAUCAUUUAAUGGGAAAUGAUUUCUCUCUCUUUCUCUCUCUCUCUCUCUCUCUCUC